ACCUUGCAAGCUUGGAAAAGACACACAGAGGAUUGUAGGCAAAGCCAAAGCUGUUCUAAAAAAGCUGAAAGACGCCCAUGCAUACCAGCCUGUGGUCGCACUAGUGCUGUACUUACUGUAAGGCAGAAACGUUGAGAAGAAGAGUAGAGCUGUUCGUUGCUGGAUACUGGGAAACUUGUGUAGUGCGAAAUGCAGAUUGAAAGUGAUGUUUGUUCGAAAAACCUCGUGAGGUGCAUAAUUUGAUGUGUUUGCAGCUCAGCCAAGCUCGGGCUCUGGCUCGUGAGCAUUUGGAAGUCGUAGUUUGUGUCCGGGACCUGAUAGCUCUUAGCGUUUGCUGAGUGUGGAGGUGCACAUCCUCUCUCGCAAGAAUUAUGUCUUCCCCAUCACCAGACGACGCUCAAGAGAAAGGAAAUACUGAGGAUAAUUCAGCGAGUAUGGACGUCUCCAGGAAUCAGCGAGAAAACAGAAUGGUCACGAGAGACAACUCUCGUUCGAACUGCGUUAUUUCCAUUCUGCCAGCUGACGACGACAUUCCAAACACUCGAACAAGGGGACAUGACGACAGGCCUGUACGGCGUCGCUUAGAAAAUUUGAACCUCGGAAAUAAUUUGGGAUCGUCUCACCGGCCGCGUGCUCGUUCCAUGGUGGGACGGCUGCCGUCCGACUCGACGAGGUCGGAAACCGAAACGGCCAAUGUUCGACGGUCCAAGACGAUUGAGCUGGCCAACGAAUGGGCAUCUGACAGUGAACUAGACUCGAUGGACUCAGACUCGUUGUCUUCGGGAACGCGUCUGACGCCGAGUCCACUAUUGCCUAUGGACGACUUGGAUCGCGAGCGUAGUAUUUCUCUGUCCGAACCGUUGACGGAUGCCGGUCGGGAGCCUGCCGUCCAUUACGCGAUCGAGAAUACUGACGGGCCAGUGGACAGCACUGCGUCUUCUUCUGAUACAGUGGUCGCCACUGCCAGAAGAAGUUCUGAUGCUGGUAGCGAUGGUGCUGCUAUUCCAAGUAGUGCUUGUUCGCCCAUGGCACUGCAUGCUGGCUCCAACUCUCAUCUCGUGCUGUCCCCUGUUACUGCUCAGCAACGAAGCACGAACACACAGUUUCUGCAUGUACCUGUGUCCACUGUGGGUGACUCCAGCGACUCUGAAGCAAGGGCUGUCAGUGACGACGCGUCCGACCGAUCUGCGAAAGGAUCGGCGUCCGACCUCUCGCCGAGUACCAGUCGCAAAGACCAGGGUGCUCAGCGGAUACCGAAGAUGGGAAAACGGAAAUGGAGUGUGAUCCGCAAGGCUGUUAUGACCUGGUCACCGUUUGUCCAGAUUUAUCGCCGCAAGUACCCCUGGGUACAAUUAGCAGGCCACCAAGGGAAUUUCAGAGCCGGUGAUAACGGGACGAUAUUGAAGAAAGCAUGUGAUCGUGAGCGAAACGCCCUGUCAAGCCUGAUGAAGGAUGUUCUCAAGCCGUUCGUUCCGACGUACACUCGUCAGAUCGAGCAGGAAGGAGAAGAGUAUUUGGAAAUGCAAGACCUGCUAGCAGAGUUUGAGCAUCCCGCCGUAAUGGACAUCAAAAUGGGUGUCAGGACGUACUUGGAGGAAGAGCUGACCAAGGCACGGACAAAACCCUCCUACAGAUCGGAUUUAUACCAGAAGAUGAUAGCAGUCAACCCUAAUGAACCGACGGAGGAGGAGCACGAAAGACAGGCCAUCGACAAGCCGAGAUACAUGCAGUUCAGAGAGCGGUGCAGUUCGUCAUGGUCUCUUGGCUUUCGCAUUGAGGGAAUCAAGCUUCCCAAUGAGGACCCGCGAUCCGACUUCAAGACAAUGCAGCACGAACCAGAAGUGGCCAGGGAACUGCGGGUCUUUCUACAGGGCAACAGAGAGCUUUGGAAAAACUUUCUGACGCGCCUGAAAGACAUCCGGGAGCACUGUCGGAGAUCCGACUUCUUCUACUCGCACGAGAUCAUUGGCAGCUCAUUGCUGUUUGUGGCGCAGCACAGUACCAAUACGUGCGGAGUGUGGAUCAUUGACUUUGGCAAAACGAGUGAGCUACCCGGCGACCAACGGCUCAACCAUGAGAUACCCUGGGUAGAGGGCAACCGCGAGGACGGCUACCUCUGGGGGCUCAACAACCUGAUCGACAUCUGGUCACGUCUCAAGCCCGACGACGAUGACACAGCCGCCAGUACACAUAGUGCAGCAGAAGCUGCAGCGGUGGCCUCUUCUGGCACCGCGACGUCGGCUUGUGGCGGCGACACUGGGCAAUACAGUCAAAGCGGAGCAAGGUAGCUCCUGUGAAUAACACCUUUCACUGUCUGUCUUGAAAAUAGCGGCAUCGAAAGCUGCAAGUCUCCCAGUGCUUGCCUUGUCGCCCCAUCGUUGAAUUUGUCAUCACCACCUCCUGUACUAGAGAAGCGGUGUAGCCAGUUACCUACCCGAUUGAUUAAACAGCUCUGAGAAUGUCAACAAUGUGACGCAUCCGCCACCAGCAGCACCUCCGGAAUUAACUGCAACACCGCUGGGUAAGCAAGAGAGAGCGUGUGUGGCAUCGGACACACGGCCUCAGCUAUGCGGUAUGCCUAAGAACUAUCUUGACUUCCAGCUACUGCAUGUCCUACAUGACUGUACUACCGCUACUGGUAAUGGUUGGUCAACAUGGGCAUUCCAGUCAGAGGGACUGGUGUGGCUGAUUGGGCGUACGCUGGUGCUGCCGACUCGGUCCCUGUGAAGAUUGAGCGAGAAAGCGGUCAGUCGCCGUCUAUGUGUGUUCUGUCAACAUGCCAUGGUUAGCUUGCCCAGGACGACAAGCUCACCAGCCCCACCAAACCUGUGGUGUGUAGUGUGUACGUUGCGUGAUCCAACAGCCCUGGCGUGUACGCUGCUUGACCCAACAGCCCUGGCGUGUACGUUGCGUGAUCCAACACCCCUGGCGUGUACGUUGCGUGACCCAACAGCCCUGGCGUGUACGCUGCUUGACCCAACAGCCCUGGCGUGUACGUUGCGUGAUCCAACACCCCUGGCGUGUACGCUGCUUGACCCAACAGCCCUGGCGUGUACAUCGCUUGACCCAACCACCCUGGUGUGUACAUCGCUUGACCCAACACCCCUGGCGUGUACAUUGCUUGACCCAACAGCCCUGGCGUGUACAUCGCUUGACCCAACAGCCCUGGCGUGUACAUUGCUUGACCCAACAGCCCUGGCGUGUACAUCGCAUUGCUUGACAGCCCGCAAGAGACCCUGAUCACACCGUGUCGCAAAAGCAGCGUCCAGAAUGGAUUGCCAUAUCAACUCUCCGAAUGGUCGGGCGUUUUGAGCGUCAAACCCUGCAGCGCCACUGGCGAAUCGGAUACAUUGACGUUAGCGCUGCAUUUCUAUCGCCAUGCGACCAGGGCCUGAAGCUGACAUAUCAGAGAUAUUUCUACUACUACUACUACUACUGCACACAUGAUGACAAGGAGUGAAUUUGUGCCAUACAGGUCCAUUGAUGAAAUCGGGCGGAUUUCAGAACCUCUUUUUAAUUUUUUUUAAAUAAUCCUAGAGGACUUACUUCUAUUUCCAAACGGUUUCUUACCGCAACAGGCGGCGGUCUUGAGUUACAAAUUUUGAUUUGCCAAUUUGGAUGGCGGGUGGUGCGCCUUUACCACGUGCGUGAACCCGCACUGUAGCAGCGUUUCUCCUCAUUUGCUUGUUGGUAGCAGUACGGGUGCACGACGUCCCCGGCAUCAAACGACUCCAUUUCUCUUGGAUUUGCUUUUGCAUGCCUAUGGAUAUAGCUUAUCACAGCACGAACUUCACAGUUAAGAUAUUCGUCAGUCACAUCAUAAUUAUACCCAUGUUGGGUUUCAAUCAAGCAAUACCAUUUUCAGAUUAUUCGCAAAAUCCGGAGACACAUCACAUCAUGAAAUGCAUUUCAGACAGCAGGUACUGCAUGUACCUGCAUGUGUACAAUAGUAUACGAUUCGAAAGCAGUCA